AACUUUGGAGUCCUUAUACGAAGAACUAGUUCAACAUGGUAUUAUCCGACGUUAUCCUCAAGUUUCUAUGAAGGAAUACCUGGGUGACUACAACUAUUUGGGAAGUUUGCAAUUAAAACGUGGGUUAGACCCAAUCCCAACACCUGCUGAUGCACGAAGAGUUGUUAAGGAAUAUUGUAUUCUUCCGUUAGGUUCUGCUAACGUUCAUGAAAAAGCUCCACUGGUUCGAUCUGUGCUACUAGUUGGUCCACCAGGGACAGGGAAAAAGAUGCUUGUCCACAGUAUCUGUACAGAGACUGGAGCUACAUUGUUUGAUCUUACUGCUACAAAUAUUGCCGGAAAGUAUCCUGGGAAAGGUGGCUUGAAUAUGCUAAUUCAUCUAGUCAACAAGGUAGCUCGAAAAGUCCAGCCUUCUGUGAUCCUUCUUCGAAAUGCUGAGAAAACAUUCAUGAAGAAAGUUCCAAAAACUGACAAG